AUGGCAACAGAUCCGUUCGACGACCUGCUCGAACUCGAAAAUGAUUACUACAAAGAAGGCUAUGAUGCGGGUGUCACCGACAGCACAUACGCCGGUAUGAUCGAAGGUCUGGUCUUCGGAAUCGAGAAAGGAUACGAGAAAGCCGUUGAACUUGGCAAACUCCAUGGACGAGCCCUUGUCUGGCAAGCGAGAUUCACCCAGUCAAACAAAGCAGUCAGGACUGCGGAGAUACAGAAGUCGUCCAGCCCUGAAGCCUCGGUAAUUUCCAUUUCAAGCGACUUUUCAAAGCUGAGCGAAACCCUUCAAAGCCUCGAUCAGCUACCUAGCAAUUCGCGGCUUCGGAAACACGUUGAAGCUCUGUACGCUACAUCCAACAGCAUGACCAUGGCCAGGGAUAACUCGGAUGAAGCAGUGACCGAGUUCGAUGAUCGCAUUGCAAAAGCAAGGGCGAAGGCCAAGCUAAUUGCCAACAUCGUGGGGGAGUCACCUACCCCCGCGGCGAAUUCAAAUGCCGGUAUAGAAGACGCAACAGGCCUCCAAGCACACCAUUGA